UUGAAUAAGUUUCUCAGCUUUACUCGAGCGUGUUUCAGUCAGUGUUGAGCGCUUGCUCAGACAGGUUCGACUGCGUUAAAAUGGGUUUGGGCUUGUUGCUGUUCAUCGGGCUAGGCACGUUUAUCAUCUGGCUAUAUAGAAUCAAUAAGGAAUACUAUGUGCUGGCCUUCUUUGCCAAGCGAGUGCGCACUAAGGAUGGACGACCCGUGGAGAGCAUAGCUCCGAUAGCCGAAGGACGAACUAUAUUUGGGAACUCUUUCGAUUUGUAUGGCAGAAAUGAUGCUGAGGUGUUCAGCGAUUUGCGAGCAAAGGUCAAGAAAAUUGGUCGCAGCUAUUUAGAAUAUGCCAUGGGCAGAACCAAGUUCUGUAUAGUCGAUGCGGACAACUUUGAUGUCAUAUUAAAUGAUCAGAAUCUGAUAACCAAAGGGCUCGUAUACGAAUUCUUGCAUCCGGUUCUACGCACGGGUCUGUUGACAUCAACAGGUCAGAAAUGGCAUUCAAGACGCAAGAUGCUCACACCCACGUUUCAUUUCAAUAUCUUGAGCCAAUUUACAGAGAUUUUCAAAGCGGAAAGCUUUAAGUUUGUUCAGCAAUUUGAGGGAAAGUAUGAGACUUCCAUUUCUCUAAGUGAGCUCAUACCAAGGUUUACUCUAAACAGUAUUUGUGAGACGGCCAUGGGCAUUAAGCUGGAUGACAUGGCAGCCAAGGGAGAUCGCUAUCGUGAGAACUUCAGCAUGAUCGAAAAGAGAUUUAUAAGCCGUCUAAGCAAUCCGAUCUAUUGGAAUGAAACUAUUUAUAAUCUCUUUGGCGCCAGUGAUGACAAACGAUUCUUAGAGGAAGUUCAUGGUUUCUCUAGUGAAAUCAUAGCCAAACGUAGAAAACUUUUGGAAGAAGCAGUUAAAGAAAAGCGAAAAACUCAAGAAGCUGAUGACAUCUACAUCAACAAGAAACAACGCUUUGCCAUGCUGGAUACACUUAUCUUUGCGGAAAAGGAUGGCUUAAUUGAUCACGUGGGAAUUUGCGAAGAGGUGGAUACACUCAUGUUUGAGGGCUUCGACACCACGUCUAUUGGCUUGAUAUUUGGACUUAUGAACAUGUCUCUGCAUCAAGAUAAGCAAGAACUGUGUUAUCAGGAGAUAAGUGAACACAUAGCGGACGAUUUCAGUAAUUUGGACCUUAAUCAGCUCUCUAAACUAAAGUAUUUGGAGUGCUUCAUUAAGGAGACGAUGCGCUUAUUUCCCUCGGUGCCCAUUAUGAGCCGGAAAACAAUAAAGGAAACGGAAUUAGCCAAUGGCCUGAUACUACCUUCCGGCGCCCUGACAGUGCUGCAUAUCUAUGAGCUACAUCGCAAUCCCAAAUACUGGAGUUCACCUGAGGAAUUUCAGCCUGAACGCUUUCUGCCUGAGAACAGCAAAGAUCGUCACACCUAUGCCUAUAUGCCCUUCAGUGCGGGUCAACGCAAUUGCAUAGGUCAAAAGUAUGCCAUGCUUGAGAUGAAGACACUGCUCAUUGUAGUUCUAAAGAGGUUCAAGGUUUUACCUCUCAUCGAUCCUAAGGACUUAGUUUUCCAAACUGGCAUCACAUUGCGUUGCAAAACUAAUAUUAAAGUAAAACUAGUCAAGCGUGGGUAGGUUUUAUCUUUUAAGUAACUUGAACUUAUCUAGUUGUUAUCAAGG